UAGCUUAAUAACCAGUUUAUAUCUUAUUACGAAGAAAGUGUCUAUCUUCUGAUUUGAUACGAUUCGUGGAUUCGAUUCUCUCUCUACUUGACAUUAGUUAUUGUCUACGCCAAAACCAGUUGCCGGCUCGUUGAACCCCGCGCUUUCUUUGAGUGCGUGCCAAAACAGGUUUCGAAUCAGAAGCAGAACCUCUGACAUCUCUGGAAUUAUGUAAUAUUCAGUCGCUAUUCAGUGCGGGGUCAAGUGGUAGAUUCAGUCGGCAUCUAAUCGCUUCGGGAUGAUGUUACCCCUGCUGUUGGUGGGCGCCCUGUGGCAGGGCCUUUUCCUUGCCUGUGAAGCCGAGUUCUACUCCUCCGUGCACACGAUGACCAAGGUAUUUGGUUACGAGCAGAAAAUGCUGCAGCACAUGCAGAAGUUCGUUGCCGAUAAUCAGAGCAAAUUGGAUUUCCUGAGAGCGCGGCUGCGAGAGUUCGAGCAGGAGCGCACCGAGGCGCAACACUGGGGCACGGCAUACUUCGAGAGUCCGCUGAACCAAUAUUUGCUCAGCAAACGACUGACGGUGGACUGGCGGCGGGUGCAGAACCUCAUGUAUGCCGACACGGGCGAGAAGCCCUUGGAGCGGCUGCUGAAGCUACGACAGCGUCCCUCCAUGCCCGAUGCCAGCGAACUGGAGGGCGCCAUCGAUGGCCUGCUCCGGCUGCAGUACGUCUACAGGCUGGAGGCCAAGCACCUGGCCAAAGGCAUCUUGGAUGGAGUGAACCAUGGCACACAGCUGAACUCCGAGCACUGCGUGGACAUUGCCCGAUUGGCAUUGAGGGAUCAGCAUCCGCGACUCGCGCACGCCUGGCUGUUGGAGGCGAAAGAUCGCGUGUUCCAGGACCCAAAACUCCAGCCGCAAAUUCUGGCUCUGCUCGUGCAGGCCAAGGCGGAGUUGGCCGACUUCCGGGGAGUGAAUGACACCUACCAGGAGCUCUUGAGGAUCCAUCCAGCCAGCGAGGAGCAUGCCAGAAACUACGAGGAAUUCAUGCGGAACCAUGCAGUGAAAGCUGGCUUGUAUGAAUCCAAAACCAUAGAAGAGCAUGCCCCCAUACCCGAGGAUCCCUCGAAGCUGGACGAGUUCGAGGCCUACCGUUUGACGUGCAGCGGCCACAGCAGGCUCACAGCCCGAGAGCAACGGCAUUUGCGUUGCGGGUACAUGACCGAGACCCAUCCCUUCCUCUUGUUGGCGCCCCUCAAGGCGGAGGAGUUGAGCCACGACCCCCUGCUAGUGCUCUACCAUGACGUGAUCUACCAGAGCGAGAUCGACGUCAUCAGGCAGCUGACAACCAACAGGAUGGCCCGCGCAAUGGUCACACUCACCAACCAGUCGACGGUGUCCAAUGUGCGCACCAGCCAGAUAACCUUCAUCGCCAAAACAGAGCACGAGGUGCUGCAGACCAUUGACCGCCGAGUGGCAGACAUGACCAACCUGAACAUGGACUAUGCGGAGGAUCAUCAGUUCGCCAACUAUGGCAUCGGUGGUCACUACGGCCAGCACAUGGACUGGUUUACCGAGACUACCUUCGAUAAUGGUUUGGUCUCCUCCACCGAGAUGGGCAACCGCAUUGCAACGGUCCUCUUCUACCUCUCGGAUGUGGCUCAGGGCGGCGGCACUGCCUUUCCCUAUCUGAAGCAGCACCUGCGUCCCAAGAAAUAUGCAGCCGCCUUCUGGCAUAAUCUGCAUGCAGCGGGCAGAGGUGAUGCCCGCACGCAGCACGGUGCCUGCCCCAUCAUCGCUGGAUCUAAAUGGGUCCUAAAUCGCUGGAUUCGGGAGUUUGUGCAGUCGGAUCGACGUCCCUGUCUGCUGUGGGAUGACUCUCUUGCCACUUAUGCUCAGAUUAUGGAGCUGGCUAAAAACCAGGAGACGAAGAAGGAAGCAUCGAGCUGAGGGCCACUCCAACCACCAAGUCAAGCUUUAAGGAAUGAGAGUCUAGUUUAUUCGAAAUUUAUAGGGAAAUAAAGAUAUUAAUAAGUGAUGAA